CCCGCGAAGUUGAGAAGUGAAAAAUACGACGACCAGUCGUGGAAUGGUGCUGACCUCUUGCUGGCCUCCCCGCCAAUCGAACUAAGACACUGGAGCACCGUACACCUCAUUCUGUCGCUGGCGAGUGGAUUGAUAGAUACCAAGGCGGUCUUUUCGAGCGAUAUCAGUCGCAGGAUGGAACCUUUGACCGACACCUUCAUCGCCACUACGAUAUCUAUCGAUUGUAGGUAGAAUAUUGUAGCCAAACAAUCGAGUUCGCAGUCAUCAACGGUACAGUUGAUCACUCAAAGACGAGCUUUGUUCUUCAAAAUAUUCGUACUUAACCGAAAUUAGUGUUGACUCUGCCCCCGUAUCAAAAGAGAACAACAACAUCCUUGAAAGGAAUGCAGGUGACGGUGACAUCAACUGACGGCGACCAAGUGGCGCAGAUCACUGCGGAGCCCACGCAACAACUCAGCUCCGUAGGUCCGCAGCUACAGCAGCAAUUUGGCAUCCCCACGUCAGCGCAAGUUUUGAUGCUGAAUGGCAGCCCAUUGCGUCUUGACCAGACCGUGAGUUUUACUAUCAUAAUGGAAAUGCAACGAGGCCUGAUUGAGAUGGUUUUGGUUGCUUUAUAUGCUGUAAUCGACAGUUCGAGCAAGCGGGCGUGAAGGAGGACGAUCUGCUGGUCAUUGUGCGUAAUCCUUCAGCUGCACCGACUGCUGCAAGACCUGCUAUCCCGACUUCAGCGGGAUUCACGGCUCGCCCGGGUAUGAAGUUGCACGAGAUUCCGGUGAGAAGAUGCUGCUCGGGAAACGUAAGAGGUUGAAUCACUCACUACGGCGAUGUUACGUAGGCUAACCCCACACCGGAGAUACUACUCGACAUUAUGGAUAAAAAUCCUCAGCUUCUGGCGGAGGUGAGAGGGCAUCGCGUUGUAGAAUUGGAUAAAAAUUAAUUAUGAUUAAUGAUAUAUUGUGCUGCAGCUACAACAAGUGAAUCCGAAGUUAGCAACGGCACUUCAGACCAAAAGCGUGUCGGACGUGCGUAUGGCACUGAUGCAGAUGCACAUGGAGGCUGCGUCUCGGAAAUUUGAAGAGCAGCAGGAGAUUGAAGCUCUGGAGCGGAACCCAUUCGACGCCGAGGCCCAAGCCAAAAUUGCGGAGCGUAUUCGUCUGUCGAAUGUCCAGAAGAACAUGGAGAUUGCGAUUGAGGAGAUGCCUGAAGCUUUUGGACAUGUCACUAUGCUUUACAUCCCGUGCGAAGUAAACGGAACGCAAGUGAAGGCGUUCGUCGACUCCGGAGCCCAGUCGACUAUCAUGUCGUCGAGCUGCGCAGAACGAUGCGGCAUCAUGAGGCUCGUGGACAAGCGUUUCGCUGGCCAGGCAGUCGGCGUGGGCACGGCUAAAAUCAUCGGUCGGGUGCACAUGGCUCCACUGAAGAUUGGCAACGAGUUCUACAACUGCAGCUUCACGAUUCUGGACCAGCAGGGUGUGGACUUCCUAUUCGGUCUGGACAUGCUCAAGCGGCAUCAGGUGUGUUACAACAAAUGCUUUGGAUACCGUGCUCUUUUGACCGACCUGUGCGUGUAUCCUUCUUCCUGGUUUCAGUGCUGCAUUGAUCUGAGCAAGAACGUCUUGCGUCUUCACGAAGGGGACAGCUUCCACGAGGUCUCCUUCUUGCCAGAGCAUGAAAUCCCGUCGUCUGAGAAUCGUGCGGAUUCCGCCCAACCUCCAGCCACACUUGGUGGCGUUCCUGUUCCGGCCUCUACUCCAGGCUCCACCCCGACGUCUGCUGCUGCGGCUCCACAGCCUGCUCCAGCUGCAUCAGGAGGACAAAAUGACCAGGAGAAGAUAGCUCAGCUGGUGGGAUUGGGCUUUCCUGAGCAGCGGGCGAUCCAAGCGUUGCAGACUUGCAAUGGCAAUGUCGAAAUGGCAGCGGGGCUUCUAUUCGAGAGCAUGUAGUAAGUCACGCUUUUAACCAAUCAAAUUACAAAUUGGAUACUUUUGUCGAAUCACAAGUAA